AUGGAAGAGACAGGAAAGGAGACCAGGAGGAGACAGGAGGAGGACACAGGAAGAGACAGGAGGAGACAGGAGGAGACCAGGAGGAGACCAGGAGGAGACCAGGAGGAAACAGGAAGGGACCAGAAGGAGACCAGAAGGAGACAGGAGGAGACCAGAAGGAGACAGGAAAAGACAGUAAGAGACAGGAAGAGACAGGCGGAGACCAGGCGGAGACCAGGAGGAGACCAGGAGGAGGACACAGGAGGAGACCAGGAGGAGACCAGAAGGAGACCAGAAGGAGACAGGAGGAGACAGGAGGAGACCAGAAGGAGACCAGAAGGAGACAGGAGGAGACCACAAGGAGACAGGAAGAGACAGGAAAGGACACGAGGAGACAGGAGGAGGACACAGGAAGAGACAGGAAGGGACAGGAGGAGACCAGGAGGAGACCAGGAGGAGACAGGAAGGGACCAGAAGGAGACAGGAGGAGACCAGAAGGAGACAGGAAAGGACCAGAAGGAGACCAGGAGGAAACAGAAAGGGACCAGAAGGAGACAGGAGGAGGACGCAGGAGGAGACCAGGAGGAGGAGACCAGGAGGAGACCACAGCCUGAGAGCACAGGCCCCUCCCACCUCCAGCCUGAGCCCACAAGCCCCUCCCACCUCCAGCCUGAGAGCACAGGACCCUCCCACCUCCAGCCUGAGAGCACAGGCCCCUCCCACCUCCAGCCUGAGCGCACAGGCCCCUCCCACCUCCAGCCUGAGAGCACAGGCCCCUCCCACCUCCAGCCUGAGCGCACAGGACCCUCCCACCUCCAGCCUGAGAGCACAGGCCCCUCCCACCUCCAGCCUGAGCGCACAGGCCCCUCCCACCUCCAGCCUGAGAGCACAGGCCCCUCCCACCUCCAGCCUGAGCGCACAGGCCCCUCCCACCUCCAGCCUGAGAGCACAGGCCCCUCCCACCUCCCACCUCAGACCACAGGCUCCUACCUCCCACCUCAGUACCUGGGACCCUGGGAAGUCCUGGGUCCAGACCAGCUGUGCUCACAUCACUGGGACACCACGGUCACUGAUAUAGAUAGAAAUACAGACAACUGUGGGACUAGGCCAGAGGAGGAAACAGAACGCCCAGUGGAUUCAGGAUGGGUCAAAUGCAGACGACAGAGGGUCAAAUGCAGACGACAGAGGGUCAAAGGCAGACGACAGAGGGUCAAAGGCGGACGACAGAGGGUCAAAGGCGGACGACAGAGGGUCAAAGGCAGACGACAGUGGGUCAAAGGCGGACGACAGAGGGUCAAAGGCGGACGACAGAGGGUCAAAGGCGGACGACAGAGGGUCAAAGGCGGACGACAGAGGGUCAAAGGCGGACGACAGAGGGUCAAAGGCAGACGACAGAGGGUCAAAGGCAGACGACAGAGGGUCAAAGGCGGACGACAGAGGGUCAAAGGCGGACGACAGAGGGUCAAAGGCGGACGACAGAGGGUCAAAGGCGGACGACAGAGGGUCAAAGGCGGACGACAGAGGGUCAAAGGCGGACGACAGAGGGUCAAAGGCAGACGACAGAUGGUAAAAGGCAGACGACAGAGGGUCAAAGGCGGACGACAGAGGGUCAAAGGCGGACGACAGAGGGUCAAAGGCGGACGACAGAGGGUCAAAGGCGGACGACAGAGGGUCAAAGGCGGACGACAGAGGGUCAAAGGCGGACGACAAAGGGUCAAAGGCAGACGACAGAGGGUCAAAGGCGGACGACAGAGGGUCAAAGGCAGACGACAGAGGGUCCACAACAGAGGGUCAAAUGCAGACGACAUAGGGUCAAAUGCAGACGACAGAGGGUCAAAGGCAGACGACAGAGGGUCAAAGGCAGACGACAGAGGGUCAACGACAGAAGGUCCAAUGCAGACGACAGAGGGUCAAAUGCAGACGACAGAGGGUCAAAGGCAGACGACAGAGGGUCAACGACAGAAGGUCCAAUGCAGACAACAGAGGGUCAAAUGCAGACGACAGAGGGUCAAAGGCAGACGACAGAGGGUCAACGACAGAAGGUCCAAUACAGACAACAGAGGGUCAAAUGCAGACGACAGAGGGUCAAAUGCAGACAAUAGAAGGUCAAAGGCAGACGACAGAGGGUCAAAUACAGACAGAAGGUCAAAUACAGACGACAGAGGGUCAAAUGCAGACGACAGAGGGUCAACGACAGACGACAGAGGGUCAACGACAGACGACAGAGGGUCAACGGCAGACGACAGAGGGUCAAAGGCAGACGACAGAGGGUCAAAGGCAGACGACAGAGGGUCAAAGGCAGACGACAGAGGGUCAAAGGCAGACGACAGAGGGUCCACGACAGAGGGUCAAAUGCAGACGACAGAGGGUCAAAUGCAGACGACAGAGGGUCAAAUGCAGACGACAGAGGGUCAACGACAGAAGGUCCAAUGCAGACGACAGAAGGUCAAAUGCAGACGACAGAAGGUCAAAUGCAGACGACAGAAGGUCAAAUGCAGACGACAGAAGGUCAAAUGCAGACGACAGAAGGUCAAAGGCAGACGACAGGGUAAAAGGCAGACGACAGAGGGUCAAAGGCAGACGACAAAGGGUCAAAGGCAGACGACAGAGGGUCCACGACAGAAGGUCAAAUGCAGACGACAGAGGGUCAAAUGCAGACGACAAAGGGUCAAAUGCAGACAACAGAGGGUCAACGACAGAAGGUCCAAUGCAGACGACAGAGGGUCAAAUGCAGACGACAGAGGGUCAAAUGCAGACGACAGAGGGUCAAAUGCAGACGACAGAGGGUCAAAUGCAGACGACAGAGUCAAAUGCAGACGACAAAGGUUCAAAUGCAGAUGA